ACGCGGGUUAGAACGUCCCGGAGAUUCGGGCUGAUAUUCGAAUCGAGGUCCCGGCAGCUUUGACUUUGCCAAAGCGGAUUCUUUUGCGGAUCUUUUUUGCGAAAGAAAUUUCCCCGUGCGAUUUCAAGAAUGACGAGCGUGUGAGGAGUGCGAACGGUCGUGGGGACUCGACCGAUGAAUCGCUCGCGUACGAGGGACGCACGCGAGCGACCCGGCGAGGCUCGGGCUGACGAUGAUAUUCGUGCCGAGAACUCGUGCCGCAUCAUACCCAAUGACGUGGAUAGAGGUUAAGUGCUCCGUGCUCGCGCCUAACGUGUGCAAGUAAAUCGAGUCGUCGGGCGUAUCGGGCGCACUUCUCACGCCGAGAGGGACGAGAAACUCGGGGAGAUCAUGUUCGAGAUCACGGACACGCAGAAGAUCGGCGUGGGGCUGGCGGGAUUUGGAAUAUCCUUCCUGUUCCUCGGUGUGCUGCUGCUCUUCGACAAGGGCCUGCUCGCCAUCGGAAAUCUCCUCUUCAUAUCAGGCCUGGCGUGCGUCAUUGGCCCAUGGAGGACUCUGAACUUCUUCUUCCAGAGGCACAAGGUGAAAGCCAGCGUCUCGUUCUUGGGUGGCAUCUUUGUCGUCCUCAUGGGGUGGCCCAUCGUGGGCAUGAUACUGGAGACCUACGGCUUUGUAUUGCUGUUCAGUGGUUUCCUACCGGUAGCGAUAAACUUCCUGCGACGAGUACCCAUGCUAGGGACCGUGCUGAACAUGCCUGGUAUCAGUCGAAUCUUGGACAUGAUAGCAGGUGACUCUAACAGAACAACUGUAUGAUAACUAACGUAACGCAUCGUGAGGGCGCAUCUUUUUUUUGUACAUAAAUCGAUCAUGCAUCCAUCGUUCCAUAUAUUCUUUUGUGUCAUUCCUGUUUUAGGAAAAUCUCAGUUAUCCGAUACAGAUCUUUGUAUAAAAACGUAAAAAAAUAAUUUUUCUCUGUCAGAUGCGAGAAACUAUCAGUAAGUCUCUAGAUAGAUUUGUAUAUUUUCACUUUAAAUAUAAUUCGUACGUGUGCUACCUGAUUGUGAAUCGAGGGUACGCUCAAUCUAAGUCUAAAGCAUUCCAGAAAAAUUUUUCUACAGGAAGGAACUGGCAAUCCGAGGGAGCUUUUCUCCCCCUCGAGGUACUCGCAAGUAUUUAGAAGUAUUCACGUAUUACGUUAGAUAAAAUAAUAUGAGAAUGAUGUACCCUCUUCUUCUUGAUCGGGUAAUAAGUGUUUGGAAUAAGAUAAUAGGUGGACCUACUUAAUGUGUAUUAAACGUGUCAAAUAAAAUGUAAUGGGAUUGAGCUGGAUA